UACAGGCUUGAAGAGGAAAAGGUGAAUCGGAGAAAAUGGAUGACUUCUCAAAUGUGUCUUCUGUUUUGACACUAGAAGGCUUCAAUAUCCCCCCUGAAAGUGCAUUUUCCGCAUUUAUUUUUGCCACACUGAGCUAUAUGGUCAUUCUCUUCUGUAAUCUGGUCCUGAUUCUCACCAUCAUCCUCAAUAGGAGUCUCCACCAGCCCAUGUACCUUCUGCUGCUAAACCUACCCAUCAAUGACCUUAUAGGCUCCACGGCACUCUUUACGCAGCUCAUCAAAGAGCUUUUACUUGACACAGGGACCAUUCAAUACUCUGCUUGUGUCACACAAGCUUUCUUUAUUCAUGUCUAUGGAACGGGAGCUGUGUUCAUUCUGACUGCUAUGGCGUAUGACAGAUACAUUGCCAUAUGUUCCCCUUUGAGGUACAACACAUUGAUGACCAAUGCUCAUCUCAGGAAAAUCAUCACACUGGUAUGGGUGUGUGACUUGAUUUUAAUUGGAGUGCUCUUUUUCCUGCUGCUUCGAUUACCACGCUGCAGAUCUCUGAUGUCACACUCAUACUGUGACAAUCCCUCCCUGUUGAAACUGGUCUGUGCUAACACAGCCAUCAAUAACAUCUAUGGACUCUUUAUUACUGCCCUCAUGCAGGUCAUAGUUGUUUCUACCAUUCUCUACACUUACGUUCAGAUACUUGUCACAUGUUUUAGAAACAAAGGAUCAGCUGACACUAAAAGCAAAGCUCUGCAGACUUGUGCUACACAUUUAAUAGUUUUUCUCCUCUUAGAGUGUUUAGGUCUUCUCACUGUUAUUUCAUACAGACUGAGCCAAUUUCCCCCGCAGUUACGGAGACUCAUAGGAGUUUCCACAUUAAUUUUCCCCCCAACUUUAAAUCCAAUCAUAUAUGGUCUUAAAACAAAGGAUAUCAGAGUAAAAGCAAUGCAUUUCUUGCGGAAAAAGAUCUUUCCAUCCUAGGCUAUGUUUUCAAUAGUAGACAUAGAUUUGAAGAGAACCACUACAUCAUUUAUCCAGAACUAUAUGAAUUGUUGACAUUUGUCACGAUCUACUCAGUGCAAUUGUAUUUAGGCUAUUUUGCUGUUUUUUACAGUCUGGCAGCUUGGUGUACCCCUUGUUGUUAUCUUUAUUUAUAAUAACUGUAAAUGUAUCACUUGUAUUCCAAAACCCAGUAAAUCAAUUAACCACCCCGGGGUAUCAAGAAAUCACUCACCUGAUUUGAAAUGACAUAAGAGUCAUUGUUGGGUGCCAUUCAUUUUAGGCCCUAGGACACUAGUGUUAAUCAGAGACUGAUUUUGUUGGAACAAAUUAAAUAAACCCACAAAUACACUUAAAAACGGUCUGGGUCAACCAACAACAGUCAACGUAAAUAGAAGAUCAUAUUUUGAAUGAACUAGUAAGAAUAUUUGAACCCUGUGCUUUUUGUGGAUUGUCAAGGUUUCACAAGACAAUGUAAAUCAUAACGUCAAUGUGGAGCUCUUAACUGCCUACUCCUUGUGUCCUCUCUCCUCUUACCUCCUCUCCUUCUCAAAACCCAUUGGAUGAGAAAGUCAGGGGUCCCUCCCCUGUGACCUUCUCCUCCAAUGGGUUUUGAGAGGGAGACGAGGAGAGAGGAGAGAGGACGCGAGGAGUGCGAAAUUAAGAUCUUCCUAAAGACAUCAAACUAUGAGAGACAUUUAAAGCCAUUUGAAGCCCCCCUAUGACAGAGGUCAUUCAUCCUGUGAUAUCUUUGAUCAUGGUUAUAAUAGUCUACAUUUUAAAAUGCAUGAAGUAAAAUAAUGAAAUUGCAUAGCGCCUAUCUUUCCUCCUUCAUGGGGAUUCAUGUAUAAAGAUGGAUCAACAACACAGAUGGGGUGAGACACGGACUCAUCUUGACUAGACUUAUUGAUCUGUGGACAUAUGUCUAAAAUUGAUCAACUGAUUUCCAAUAUCUUCAACAUUGGUCUGAUUUGGUAAAAUAAUGUUGAAUUUUAAUCAUGUCCAAUUAAUACUCUGGCAAUAUUUCCCUGGAUUCUCAAAUGCUAACACAAAAACAAAUGGUUAUAUAUCGGCCUAUGCACUCCCUCUGCCAUGUUAUGUCUGGUCACAUUAAAGACAUGACAUCAUAUUCCAAUCAGUGUGUCUGCUGUGUAAUGACCUCGUGUUUCAGUUGUAGGCCUACAGUAACAACAUGGUUCCUCUUCUAUCCAUCUUACAAACCAUACCACAAAACAAGACAUAUUUCAAAUGCAGAAAACGAGACAUACACAUUUCUAUUUAGGUCUAGAAAUUGUCUUCAUCUCUAAAGUCUGUGAUGCUGAUUACAACAAUGUUGAUGAAUUGAAUUAGUUCACAGCGCCCUCUAGUGUAUUUGUUUUGCACAAAAUACAGCCUAGAAUCCAGUGUUUCACCAUUGUUUCAGGUCAAUGAUUCAGUCUGGAAACUCUCCAGUAGAGGCAUCAGCGUCCUCUCAGAAACGAUGGGCGGUUUUAGCCCAAGUGGAUAAAAGUGGCUUCUGAAGAUUUGGUCUAUUGAUUGUAGUGUAACACCCUUCAUCACAGCUCAGAUACAACUCAGUUCCAGGCUGAAUCAAAGAAAUGAACCAAUACUUAAAACGGAUAGAAAAACAAAUAUAAAGUGAAAAUGUGUCAGGCAAAGAGUAGUGAAAAGUUUUGUUUACAAAUUGAAAUAAUUAUUGAAAAAAGUUUAUAUUUUAUGAUGAAUUUGAUGUUAAUAGAACAUUUGUAUUCCAGACGACAGUUUUCAUA